GGCCCAUCUGUACAAGGGCAGCGAGUUCGCUUUCGGGGUCACCAAGCCCAUCCACCAUAAUGCUCCGCCUCCCCUGCCUCCUGCGUGGCGUCUCCUCGCCGGCGGCGUCCUCUCUCCGGCGAGCCUUCCGCUCGGCGGCCUCCCUUGAAGCCAUCCUCUCACACUCCCACCCAUCCAAGGCCUCCUCCGAGGACCAGGCGGGCCCCGCCCACCUCGCGCUCUACAACUACCCCACCUUCGCCGGCGCCUACUCCGCGCUCGCCGCUGACCUCUUCCACCGCCGCCUCGGACGGCGUCUCCUCGUCCUCCCCUUUUCCUCCGUCGAGCCCUUCAGAGCUGAUGACUUCAAGGGUGCCGGGUUCCAUUCUUGCUAUCUUUUGGAUUUCAUCGGGCCAAGGAAUUUUGCGUUGGAGCUCUCUCGAUUCAUCCCCAGCGUGGUGGCAUUUGAUCACCGGCAAAGCACACUAGCAAGGAUCCCCGAGUUGGGUCGAUGCCCGACUAACCUUGACCUCCGCAUCGACACCUCAAAGAGUAGUGCCCGAGCUGUAUUUGAUUAUUUCUCCAAUAAGUUUACAUCGGAAAACCUCGAUUCCGAGACAUGCGAGAAUCUGUUGGGCCAAGAAGAUGAGGAGCGGGUUUCAAAUGUUAUCAAAUAUGUAGAGGAUGCUGAUCUGCAGCAAUGGCAGCUGCCCGAUAGCAGAGCAUUUCAUACAGCUCUCAGGGAUGAGCGUGCAAAGUUAAAUUGUGUUAGUAAUCCUCAUGUUUUUGAGCAGCUAAUGCAACUUGAUGUUAGCGAUCUGCUUGCUAGAGGGAAUUCAUUAGCUCAAAAUCGUCUAGAGGCUGCAAGGAAGCUCAUACACAAUCCUUUCAAGAUUUACCUCGGACAAGGGCUAUAUGGUGAAUGCCUUGCAAUCAGAGCCGAUGGGGAUUCAAAGCUGAGCCACGAAAUCGGUUUGGAGUUGAGCAAGAUGAGUGCUGGCGCCGGAUUAAGACCAAUUGGAGCAGUGGUCUUUAUGCAACGUGGACUGCUGAAGAUCUGCUUGAGGACUACAGACAAUACAACCAACACUGCAGAGAUCGCCAAGGCAUAUGGCGGAGGUGGAAAGGCGAGCUCAAGUUCUUUCGCACUAAGGAUGGACGAAUUCAACGCCUGGAUUAGGGAGAACACAUGAACCGGCCUGGAAUGCUGGAUGGCAAUCUGGUGUAUUAUAUGGUAACAUGCGUGUAUGCCUAGUUGCGAGGAAGAUGUGAAAAAUGAGCAGCUGAUGUUGGAAGGUGAGACUGUAUCCUUGAAUGGAGUGGGAACGAUCUAGGGCAAGAUGGUUAAGCCUGAAGCUGUUUAAGAUCAGUUGUUGAUGCGGAAGAGUCCCCUAAGGGCUGGUGAAGAAGCAGAGACGAUUGGAAGCAGCGCAAUUGGUCUGAUUGUGUAAUCAGCCACCAAAUCCUCUAUAUAGACAUGCAAAUUAUUGAGGUUUGCCAUGAAAAUAUCCUAUGCUUUUAUACGAUUAGCCAUCAUCUAGUGCAUAUCAUAAACGUGUUGAUGUUAAUAAUGACAAUGAAAAAUAAAUGAGAACACAAAAUAAUAAUGCUCAAUUGUGAGAGCAUUUUAUUUUAUAC